ACAGUCAGUUCCUACGCGCAUACGCACUGCUGGUGGGAUCGCGCGAUAUUGUAUACGACACGCGUGUUUAUGAGUGGAAGCACUAUGAAUCUGAAACUAACCAACGUGAACGAGGUAAGAAGCUCUGUCAACUUGCUUCAUAGCGCGCCUGUGUCUUCUGUAAAGGAAGAAAGGCAACGCACAGGAAGAUUGAUCGCGGUCCUCGUGGGGAUCUGCCUCCUGAUGGUGGCGCUUUACCAUGCCUGGGUGCGGAAGAUACCCGUGGUAGCCAGCCUGGUGGUACCUGCGCUUAUAAUGUUCGUGUACGUAGGAUGGGUGUUGUACACCGCAUCAAGAGAUAAGAAAAGGUUGCUGGCAGCACAAGCGGCUCUGAACGCCGUUAUCACAGACAACCCUGACAACGAUGGAAGAACUUCCGAAAUGUCUCAAAGCAAUAUAGAAAUAUCUGUCAUAUCGAGCAAAGAAAGUUCCAAAGUCAAUACACCCGACGGUUCAACUCAGAAGGACUGGUCUGAAAUAUCAUCAGCACUUCGAAAAGGAUAUCGGAAAACUGAAAAAAGGAGCGUUUGUUUUGUCAAACCUAUAAUUUUGAUUAAUGAUAAAUUACCAGAGGACUUGGAUUUAGAUCAGAAAUGGUCGCAUAUUGUUGAAGCUCUCGCGGUUAACGAGAGGUUGAAAGUGCUUCAGCCACGCAGGAAGUUUAAGCGGAAAUUCUGUAGAAGCAGGCGGCAUGCAAUAUUCAAAAGAUCAUAUUCUAUAGGGUAACUGUAGGUAUUAAAUGAUAUUUAGUUGCUGGCAAUGUGAAAUAUGGAGGACAAAUUGAGGAUCCGGCGAACAAAACGGUGUAAUUACCUACACUACUGAUCGAAACACAAUUUUCUUUAAUCCAGACGUUAUGGGCCCACUCUCAUUUCCAAGCAAAAUAGACCUGAAAUUGAGUCCAAAGUUCACGAUUUUCACCACGGAAUACAAACUUAAGUACCUACUUAUUUUCAAGCAAAACGGCCUAAAACUGUGAUAAAAUUAAGCCCACAGUUCGUUAUUUCAAUCAAAACGUUACUAUUACAGUGAAGCUUCAACAGUUUUCAUUCAAUUUUUUGCUUCUCCUGUAAUUUUUUUGCGAUUUUAGUGCAAUUACAUCGUUUUGUUCGCCAGCUUAAUCUAUCUAAGAAGCUAGGAUGGCUUUAACUAGGAUUGUGAAAGCAUGUUAUUUAAGAUUUAUAUGUAAAUAGAUGAGUUAUUUAGAAAAUAGUUAUUUAUAAAUUAACUUAUAUAGUUAUUAACAGCUGCAGAUAAACAGUAAACGGUAGGAAACAUAAUAUACAUAGUUACAAGAAUGUGCGUGUACAAAAGACUUA